GACUGGGGGAGACACAGCGCUGUAGAAGCACACAGGGAGAAGAUCAGGAAGCACCUGCUCCCAGGGAGGUGGAGAAAAAACUCUCAUUAAAAGAAAAGAAAAGAAAAGAAAAAGAAAAAAAAAAAAAAAAAAAAAAAAAAAGAGGGGGAGAAAAAUUCCAGGCUUCUAAAGUGACUCAUAACUCUGCGUAAAAAGCUUUGCGUCUCCAUGCUUCAGCGCGUGAAGAACACGGCACUGGCUGAGUGGGUUUGGUGCGUGAAGUCCACAUGCGGGGAGAACCUCAUCCAAGAGGCUUCAGACCGCACUGAUAACUAUGUGCGUGUUCGCUUUGGACGCCUCGCGACAGACUCGGACACUCGGUCCAGGAGCCGUUACGCAUGAGCGCGUUCAUACUCGUGCAUGAACCCGCUUCCCUUUUGCUUGUUGUUGCGCAAGCAGUCUUAGAAAAAGUGCAGCUCGCGCUCACCGGCACCGACAAAAAAAAAAAAAAAAGAGAACCUUGCACUCACGCGCGUUUAUCUGCGGCACGCAAAUUUGGCGCGCGCAAAAGAAAUGGAUGCCGGUCAGGCGUGGCUUGAGUUUUUGAAUAUCCAAUUUGAUAAUGCACGGGGAGCAUGUGUAUAAAAAGGCUGAUUGGAGACGAUAAGCGGGCAUCGGCGAGCUUUUGAACAGCGAGGCGACGUGGAUGAAGCUGAGCUCGCGAGUGGGCAUGUGCUGUCUGACUUUCUGAAUCGUGACGCACUCACACAGGCACCAUGGCAGAGGUCGGCGGAUUCCUCGGCUCCAUCGACCUGGAUUUACCGAGUUUCACAGCGCUCGGGAGCACGCCUCUGUCCGACUCGCCGGCCGGGUUGAACGAGCGCCUCGGGCUGAUCGAGGGCAGACUGCGGCGCGGCUCUCUCACGGACUUCGAUCACCUCAAAGGGAUCCUGCGCAGGAGGCAGCUGUACUGCAGGACCGGCUUCCAGCUGGAGAUCUUCCCCAACGGCACAGUGCACGGCACCAGACAGGAUCACAGCAGAUUCGGUAUCCUGGAGUUCAUUAGCCUGGCUGUGGGGCUGGUCAGCAUAAGAGGGGUGGAUGCCGGACUUUAUCUGGGAAUGAAUGAAAAAGGAGAACUCUAUGGGUCGAAAAAGCUGACGGCAGAGUGUGUCUUCCGUGAGCAGUUUGAAGAGAACUGGUACAACACAUACGCGUCUACGCUGUACAAACACGCAGACAGCGGGAGGUACUACUACGUGGCCUUGAACAAGGACGGUUCGCCUCGAGAAGGCGGCAGGACUAAAAAGCACCAGAAGUUGACUCACUUCCUGCCCAGGCCGGUGGAGAUCGAGAAGAUCGCCCAGGCGUACAGGGAUUUGUUCCAGCACAGGUGACCAGAAGUCCGGCCAGCUCUGGAGGAGCGGGGAGGGCUGAAGGGGAAUCUGAGAGGAAUUUAAGGUUUACGGAGACCCUUCCUUUUCUUCCCUCACGACUGUUUAGAUUUGCCUUCUGGUCCAAAGCAAGGAGUCCCUCUCCAGCGGUGACUGAGAUAAACAGUACGUGUGUGUUCCUGGAUGGAUCUGUUUCCUCUCCUUAAUGGGUUUUAAACCACAGUGCAGAGAGGACAUUCCUCCAUCCACCGCCAGUGCCAAGAGGUUUCUGAGCGAGAGGUGUUGACUUCAGGGGCCUCGUGGUGUCAUGCAACCACCUCAUCCUCAGAUAACUAACUUACUUCAGUGGAAAAUCGCAGAGGAACCACUCCAGACGGAAAGAACCACUCGAGAGCUACGCUCCAGUUUUAGUCUCGGCCAUUUCUGUACGUCUUAAAAAAACGUUUUUACGUCUCUCAUCCGCUAGCCAGGUUGAAACUCGGAUGCUCGUCACGUCUAGCGACAUUAGCACCACUGAACUCAAGCACAGGCGCUAAUCCCACCGUGAGUGUCUUUGUAAACCCACUAGGGGGUAUUUUCAUGGUGGACGAGGACGAUUUCCUUCCAAAGAACAUACAGUAGCAUCUCAAUAAGAGAAACAUAAAUAAAUAAAUAAAUAAAUAAAUAAAGUUUUUCUUUUUAUACAAAUGUAUAUUUAAGGGCACUUGGUGAGACACAAGUGAAGAGGUACUGCUAAGUAAUAAAACUGGCAAACUUACGGACACAAUCACUAAUAAAUAAAAGCCAAACCAGAAAAGACUGCAGGGUUUUUUUAAGAUAAAGGCCACCAAAGAGGAACGAACACCUGUCAGGACAGAGUGGAAAAAGCCCAUCUCCAGUGUGAGACACGGAGAUAAGACUAGCACUUAGAAUUACAAUCCACUCUGCAAUUUCACUCCUUUUCCUUUUGAAGGUUCUGGAAAGGUCUGCUUGUUGACAGCUUAGAAAAAAGGAAAAAAGAAAAAGAAAAAAAAAAGAAAAAGAUGAAUGCACUCUCU